UUUCAAAGUUAUGGUCUAUAAGAAUCUGGCAACAGGUUUUUUUGUCUGUGGUUAUUAAAUCCGGUUCUGCCAUUUGGUGAUUGUGGCGUCUUUGAGCAAGAAGUGGAAGAGAAGCGCUGGGGGGCGAAUGAGAUUUGUGAUUCUUGUUUUCUAGUCUUACCUCAUGUGCUACAAUGUCACAGCAGUUCUGUCUAAAAUGGAACAGUCAUACCACAAACUUACUCUCAGUAUUCAAGGGCUUCCAGUCAUCCGAGACUUUGGUUGAUGUUACAUUGUCUUGUGAAGGCCGCAACAUGAAGGCCCAUAAACUUGUGCUGUCAGCAUGCAGCCCAUAUUUUCAGAAUUUAUUUUCUGAAAAUCCAUGUAAACAUCCAAUUGUGAUAAUAAACGGUAUGCGAUUUACAGACAUUAAAGCUAUUCUCGAUUUUAUGUACAAAGGUGAAGUAAAUGUUUCUCAUGAUGAACUAUCAGCAUUCUUAAAAGCAGCUGAAGCACUCAAAGUUAAAGGACUCACCGAAGUGUGUGGGGAAAAUCAAGCAUCAAAAGUGGCUCAGGUUGCUCCACAAGUAGCUGAAACAGUAGUGCCGCCACCUCCUCAAGCCCCUCCACGAGCGGACUCUCCGAACAAAAGGCGUAAAAUACGCAAACGAUCAUUAAGUGACUCUAAUAGAAGUGACGAAGGUGUGUCACGAAAAAGAGAACCAUCUCCAGAAGUCCAUGAACUUUCUGGUGAUGGUUAUACGGGUGAUGCCAAACACGAUGGACCAACAAUAAACUCUUUACCCAGGGUGCCUCCAAAUGCAUUUUCUCGAUCUCAUCAUUCAUCUGCUGCUAGUAUAGGGAGUGAGGCUGCCUCGGAAGAUGAUGACUAUGAAAUUGAGCCUUCCAAACUUUUAGAGCAAACUUUAACCACAGAUAAUGUUCCUUCCAAUAAUCAAUUAAGUAGUGCAUUAGUUCCAGUUUCAUCUGAAAGUGUUAGAGGUUUACAACAGAAAACAAGUACGCCUAAUUUAGAGUCUUCUGAUAUGCAGGGACCUGAUAGUCCGCCAGACAUAAAACCUAUGAUACAGUUUGACGACUCAGCAUUAUCAUCUGGGGCAGGCCCUUCAGACGGAGCUUUGGUAUAUAGUGACCAAUCACUUUCCCAGCCUGGACCAAGCAAUUAUCAGGAUGGUGCAUUAAUGUUACAUGAUAACUCACAAUCUCAGGGUAUAAUGUCUUUCCAUUAUAUUUAGAAGUUCAUUGUUUGUGAGUGAGUAUGUGGCAAGUGAUGAACUUUGAGAAGCAAAUUUUAUUAGUGAAAUUUUUUAUCUGUCGAUAUUUCUAUUUAAAAUUCCUGUGUGGUUUCUCAGAGUUCUGAAGCUUUGAUUUGCAAAACUUCAUGUAAUGAUUGAAGAAAAAUUUCAUGGAAGAUAUGUAUCUGUGUUUAAAAAUAAUGUAUUUACUGUUAAAAUGCAGGCAGAAAGCAAGCUACCAUUUUCUUUAAACUUUACAAGGAGUUUUGCUUGAAUGUUUUACUUUAUAUGUAAGUUAAGUAGUAAUUUAGGUUAAGUAGUUUUUAGAUUUAAUUAAUAGUAUCUUAGGUUUAUUUAGCUGUAGGCUUAGGAUAAGUUAGAUUAAUUAUUUCCUAGUUUAAUGUCUUAUAAGUUAAAAUUAGUAUUAGGAGUUUGCAUGACAUGUUUUGUUUUGUUAAUGUGCUAAAAAUGUGUAAAAUGAAACUUGAAUGCAACCUGCUGGGAAGUUUUAACAUCCAUCACACCUGCUUCUGCAAGUUGCUGUGGAAGGAAGAAUUGCUGAUCCAGCUGGAGAGUGUGAGUCUUCUUUAUGUGGUAUUUCAUCCUAAAAAUUAGAUUAAUUAUGGUAAGUAUACUUUUAUGUAUAUUACAGUGGAUGUAUCUGUGUUGUAUAUCUAUAUAAAUAAGGUAGUAUUCUGGUAAGCUUUUCAUUAAGUUUUGUGGAAAAAUGUGUGAAGUGUUCUUUUUCAGUUUGCAAGAAAUAUGUUCUUCAAGAAGAUUCUAUUUAGUAGAAGAGCCUGUCAGCAGAAAAAGGCGACUUGAAAUGUUUUAUCAGAUUUUUUUUUUUCCAGGAUCUGUAAUGUAAACCAUACGUUUGUAUGGUAGGAGAAAUGGAUUGUAAAAAUUUUUGUUAAUGCAAAACUGUCAAUUGUUAACCUGUUACUUGGAAGAAAUAGAUGUGAAAAUAUGUAAAGGAAAUGUGAUUAAAAUUUUAUCUGAAAGAAAUUA